AUGUCGCAAGCAGCCGGAUUGCCGGAUCUGUCCUAUACGCCCGGAGAUCUAACCGAGCCGGAGUACCGUCUGCCCUCGCACCAGCUGCUGCUCGACCAGAAGCGGGCCUCCUUCGCAAGGGACAACAAUGAGCCACUGAGUCGUCUCUAUCUGGACAGGGAGGAGACGCAACCGAUCAAGUACCGGGAUCGGGUGACCUCCGCAACGGGGCGACAGUUUCCUGCGCUGGCAGCGGCACAGUCCCGCUACACGGACAAUCUCGAACGGAGCAGCGACCUGAACGGAGGAUUUGACACGGGAUUCGAAACUGAUUUCGUGCCGGGAAAGGAUCUGAUCUCAUUGCCAGUGGCCCAGACCCAGAGGCAUACAUACGAUACCGAUCCGGACCUGAUCAGAAAGAUGCCGCUACACUCGAUCACCGAGAAGCCCAACGAGCGCUGCCCAUCGCCGGUGGUGCCGGCCUAUGCGAACUUCGAGCUGGCGAAGCGCAUGCACCAGGACAACCUCGACCACCAGCCACUGCCUGACUGUGUGGCGGAUCUGGCGUUCCGCAAGGCUCAGAUCUCGGGCGGACAUGCCGGACUCUCGCUGGAGAUCGAUCCCAUUGCCACGGGCGUGGGCGUUAAGACGCACAAUGCCGGUCCGACGCACUGCACCAAGAUGAAGGUGUUCCGCCCGAAAACGGGCGGUGGUGUGGUGCCCAAGGCCUUUGGCGGUGACACAUUCCGUGGCGUGGGCUCGGCUCCGGCCAAGAAAAUGGGACCCAUGGAUCUGGCCAUCUGCUGGGACUUCAAGCCGGCCAAUGCCACGGACGAGCCGCGUCUGGCCCGGCACAUCGAUGGCUCCAGCGACUCGGCGGGCCCGGCGGUCUUUACCUGCGUGCGGACGCCACGGGAGGACAAUGCCGCCGAUCUAGGGCGCUCCGCCGGAGUCUUCACCAACACUUUGGGCGAGGCUGACUUUUUCGACAAGGAUAUACUGCGUCGAAAGACGGACUUUGGUGGCAGGGCUAUCGAUCGCGAGGAUCCCUGCGCUUGCGACUACUCCCCUCCCCCGAGGGAUCGGGCACGCAGCGUCUCCCGGGACUCAAGUGCCGCCUCCCACUGUCGCCGCGGCCCCGGUGCCGGCGUCAGUUUCUGCAACCUGGCGGAACUCUCCAGCGGCAGUGGCGGCGGCGGAGGAGGCACCCGUGGGGGCAUGCCCCCCAAUCGCCUGGCCAAGCAGUACCAGUCGUCGCCCCUGCUGGGCGAUAAGGCGUACCAGGCGCUGCGCGAGAAGUAUCUGGGCCCCGAGUCCAGCUGCGAGGGCAAUGGCCCGGGCGGCGUGCACAUGGAGCAUGGCUGCCGCCCGGCCGGACCCUCCUGCAAGCGGGACACGGUCCUCCGACGCCCCGCCCGUCGACUCUGCCACAAGGUUGGCCCUGCCCCGGCCCCGCGCUGCUGUCCGCCCGCCUUUGGGCAUGGGCAUGGUCAUGGACAUGGUCACUGUCUCACCAGCAAGGCCGCCUUCCGGGCGGGCGUGGCCAAGCACAAUGCCUCCGGCGAUUUCAUGGGCAUGGACACGGGCUGCUCUGGGGGCGGGCGGGUGCUGGUGGUGCCACGACCCCGGCAACCGUACGCCAAGAAAAACUACGACAUCGACACACUGGUGCCGCCGUUCCGCAGUCAGGGCGGUGGCGCCGGCCAGGGUGGCUAUCCGGAGCAUUGGCGCCUGGCCAGCGUCUACCAGCAUGCCUUCAAGCCGCUGGAACAGCGUCGUCGUCCACUCCUCCAAACCGUCUAUAAGUAAAUCAAGGAAACACCGAAUCCCCCGAA